AUGCUCCAAGAUAGAACAAACACGCAUAAAAAUGCCAACCAAGGCCCAAGACUCCGCCUCCCAAAAUUUCCUCCCUCUCACUUACUUUUUCCUUCGUCCACGGAGUGUGGAUUGGUACAUUCUGUCGUCCUUUGCUGCACCCUCCACCGCCACACAAAGUGCCAUGAGAAAAACACAUCCACAGACGUAGUCAUCGUCUUGUCGUAGUAUGAAUGAAGUCAUGAAGAUUUCCGGUGUUGCAACAGAGAUGGAGAGGCAAUGUAAUAGGCGGUGUUCUCCGGUGUUGCUUUGGGCACUAUUAAUGAUACUAGCAGCAGCAGCAGCUCCGGCGAGCAGCAGCAGGAGAGAUGACUUUCCCACUAGCUUUGUUUUCGGCGCCGGUAGCUCUGCUUACCAGGUUGAAGGGGCAGCUGCAGAGGGAGGAAGAACACCCAGCAUUUGGGACACAUAUGCACAUGAAGGGAGAACUGCGGACAAGAGAACAGGAGACGUAGCUGCUGAUCAGUAUCACAUGUAUAAGGAAGAUGUAAAGUUGAUGCAUGACAUGGGCCUGGAUGCCUAUAGAUUCUCCAUCUCAUGGAGUAGACUCAUUCCUGAUGGUAGAGGGCCUGUUAAUCCAGAGGCGGUGCAGUACUAUAACAAUUUGAUCAAUGAGCUCAAGAAAUAUGGAAUUGAGCCUCAUGUCACUCUUCUUCAUUUCGACCUUCCCCAAGCCCUGGAAGAUGAAUAUUCAGGAGUGUUGAGCCCAAAUAUUGUAGAAGACUUCACUUCUUAUGCCGAUGUGUGCUUCAAAGAGUUUGGGGACAGUGUAAAAUACUGGGUCACUAUCAAUGAGCCAAACGUUUACUCUAUCCAAGGCUACGAUCUUGCGAACUUUCCACCAAAUCAUUGCUCUUCUUCCUUGGCCUCCUUAUAUGGACUCAAUUGCACCAAAGGGAAUUCAUCUGUUGAGCCAUAUGCGGCUGGUUAUAACCUUUUGCUCUCUCAUGCAUCAGCAGUCUCCUUGUACAGAAAGAAAUAUCAGCCAAAACAAAGAGGUUAUAUCGGAAUUACCUUAUUUGCUCCCUGGUUUGAGCCAUUCACAACUCUACCAGAGGAUAUAGCAGCAGCUAACAGAGUUUUGGAUUUCUUAAUAGGAUGGUUCAUUGAUCCUAUAGUGUAUGGAAGGUUCCCUUUUGUGAUGAGGAAGUUUGUUGGAUCUCGCUUACCAUCCUUCAAACCAGAAGAGUCGGCCUUAUUGAGAGGAUCUUUUGAUUUCAUUGGAUUUAAUCACUAUCAGGAGUUUUUUGUGCAAGCGGUAACUGGUAAUCCAGAUGACAUCUUGAGAGAUUGGUACACUGACAUUGCAGCCAGUUUAACAUUUCCACAAACAAAUGUUACAAAGGUAUUGGUUUUAAAAGAUCCUCCUACAAUCCCUUCGACACCAUGGGCUAUGCAAAGAUUGCUCCACUAUAUCAGAGACAAGUACGGAAAUCCACCUGUCUUUAUCCAUGAAAAUGGAUAUCCAGAGUACAACAUAGAUCCUGCAACUACUGAAUAUAACUAUCAUGACGAGCACAGAGCAAACUACAUGAAAGAUUACAUAGAAAGCAUGCUUCUUUCCAUAAGGAAUGGAACAAAUGCCAGGGGUUAUUUUGCUUGGUCCUUUGUGGAUAGCUUUGAGCUUGUUGAUGGCUAUAGUAGUCGCUAUGGUCUCAUUGGAGUCAAAUUUAGUGUACAAAACAGAACGAGGUAUCGUAGAUAUUCUGGUGACUGGUAUUCCAAGUUUCUUAAACCAAAUGGAUAUAGCAGAAGCUAUAGAGAUGUGGAUGUAGAGUAGAAAGUAUUUUUCCCAUGUCAAACUAAUAAGAGGUUGAUUGUCUAUUGACAAAAGACUUCUAGUGAAAGGGCUAUAAGGCAAUCUUUUAUAAGAUCCAAAAUGAACUUACAAUCUUAUUGAA